UAGAGACAGCCCGCCAGGAAGCGCUGACAACAGACGUGGAGAAGAGCCGAGCAGCAGCACGGUGAACUUGUCACACUUUUUUUUUUUUUACUGAGGAGGCAGCAGAAAGGAGCUGUGUGUCCGUCGAUGGAGCGGUGGAAGGGCAGAGUGGCUCUGGUUACCGGAGCCUCAGUGGGCAUUGGGGCGGCCGUGGCCCGGGCUCUGGUACAGCACGGCAUGAAGGUGGUGGGCUGCGCCCGGAGUGUAGACAAAAUCGAGAAGCUGGCAGCUGAGUGUCAGAGUGCCGGCUACCAAGGAACCCUGAUCCCAUACAAGUGUGACCUCUCUAGCGAAGAGGAGAUCUUAUCCAUGUUCUCUGCCAUCAAGACCCUUCACCAGGGCGUGGAUGUGUGCAUCAACAAUGCAGGCCUGGCCCGGCCAGAGUCCUUGCUGAGCGGCAAAACUGACGGCUGGAGGACAAUGAUUGAUGUGAAUAUUCUUGCCUUGUCAAUAUGUACACGUGAGGCCUACCAGUCAAUGAAGGAAAGGAAUGUGGAUGAUGGCCAUAUCAUCAAUAUAAACAGCAUGAGUGGACACAGAGUGGUGCCCAGCUCUGUUGUGCAUUUCUAUUCUGCCACCAAAUAUGCUGUGACCGCCUUGACCGAGGGCUUGCGGCAGGAGCUCCGGGAGGCCAAGACUCACAUCAGAGCCUCGUGUAUAUCCCCUGGUUUGGUGGAGACUGAGUUUGCUUUCAGGCUCCAUGACAAGAAUCCAGAGAAAGCUGCUGCUACAUACGAGAGUAUAAAGUGUUUAAAAGCAGAAGACAUAGCAAGCGCAGUCACUUUUGUCCUGAGUGUGCCACCUCAUAUGCAGAUUGGAGACAUCCAGAUAAGGCCGGUAGAGCAGGUGUCCUAGCGGUGGGGUUGCGAUUAGCCUUUGGGGGGGGGAUCAAGCCUUUGCUAUUUGCUGACCUCUCAGCCUUGUCUGCAUCAUGGAAGGAUCAGGUGUCAAUCUGUACAACCUGAAAAGCACUUGCAUAAUUUAAAAAGAAUGGAAUGGAUUAGUGAGUAAUUUAGAGAGCAGUGAGAGUAAAAAAAAAUUUUUUUUUUUUUCCCCUUUCUUUCCAAAACUCUUAAACUCUUCCUAAAAUGUGACAUGGUUGCUGGGCUUUGUGGUCACCAAUUGGUGACACACUUACAGUAUAAAAAUGCAAAUGUUUUGUAUCAGGUGUAAAUGAGGGUCUUUUUUGGGUCUUUGAACAUUGGUUUAAAUAAUGAAUAAAUUCAAAAGUAAACAGUAUUCACAAUAAUUUUGGGAAGAAUUAGAACCUUAACUGGCACUUCACCCUAUCCAAUGUCUUCAUUUCACAGUAUGCAGUUUAUCUUCACGUUUCAGUUUGCUCAAAUAAGUCUGCCUUUCUUUUGGUAAUGUACAUUCCUAUGUUUGUCAUUCAGGAAGUUGUAAACAGUCCAAUAAAAUGUGUAUUUCUUAAA